ACGGAGCCAAAAAAGCGAAGCGAGCGUCACCUCCUCGGGUCUGACGUCAAUGAGGGGACGACUAUAAGAGGGACGGGAGAUUCGCUCUCUCUUCACUGAAGCUCUCCCGUGCUCUCUCACUCGCUCUUCACACACCACACACACACACACAGAUGCGUGUGUGUGUGUGCAUAUAGCGUGACACAUUGCUCUCUCGGGCUUGACUUGUCGGGAGCGGCGCGAUCGUGCGGGUGAAGAAACGCCAGCUUGUGCGCAGGGACGGACGGCGCCUUCAAUAGGGAAGGGGGCCUCUUUGAGGUCGCUGUCCCUGGUGCUGAAGCAACACGGGCGAAAGCCAUGCCCUCUGAGACGAUGCCCUCCUCCGCCGCCGCAGGGUGGCACUGCGUGGCCUGCGUCGUUGCCCUUCUGGCCACGUGCGUCUCAAGCGUCCCGCUCACGUCGCCCCAGGCUCACAAGUACUUCCACCCGCAACAACAACAACAGCAACAGCAACAACAGCUGCUGUCCAUCACAGCGGCGCAACCGCUAGCGUACGCCUCGGUCUCCACCACCCACCGGGCCGGCUCCCUCGAUGAGCCUUCGGCCAGAAGUUUGUCCGAGGAGGAGCUUCUCAAGACGCUGAGCGCUUUGCAGGCGCUGGAAGAAGAAGGCGAGGUGCUCGCCUACCUUGCCAGCCUCCGCUCCGGGUCGCGGGGCCGCCAGGCGCAGCGCGAGGUCGCCACGUCCGAGGCCAUGCUAGAGUCUCUGCUGCUCGAGGCUCUGGCCAGGAGAGACCAGGGUCUGCAGACUCGGCAGGCGGAGGAGGAGAAGCAGCAGCAGCAGCAGCAGCAGGAGGAGGAGGAUGAUGAGGAGGUGGUGAGGGAGGUGCUGGCAGGCCAGCCACGGAGGAUUCCUCGCAACGGCAGAAUCUUCUCGCCGCUCUACAGCCAGAAGAGCCGCUCGGACGGGUUCGGUGUUGAGAACGGAGAUGCCGAUGUCGAUGAUGGUGGGGAGGAGGACGAGGAGGAGGACAUUGGCGGUGCAGCUGCUGCGAAAGUCAACGAUGGCUACGGUGACGAUGGCGCGGUGGAGGAGGAACUGGAAGAGAAUCGAGCGGCGCGCUGGAGAUCUGGCGGCGACGACGAGGAGGAGGACGAGGAGGACGAGGAGGGUGAAGCCAACGACGGCGGGGAGGAGGAGCAGGAGGCAGGAGAGGCGCGGGAUCUGCUCCAACUUCUGGAGGCGCUUCAAGGUCGCGACACGAGGCAGAGCGAGGGCCGCGGAGGAGCGGGCCAGCAGGCGAGCGAGGCGGCGGGAGAGGAGGACGUGAGGUCUGUGGCCGUGAUGGACGCGCGUCACCGCAACGACAAAGCGGUGGGCCAGAGGCCACGCUUGCUGAAGCAGCAGCAGCAGCAGCAGUUGGCUAGGGAAGAUGAAGAGGCUUUGGAUCAAGCUGCCAACCUGCUGCUGCACUUCGCCCUCCAAGCCGGAGAGAAGGAGAACUCAGCGCCACCUCGGUCCCGUGGUCCCAACGCUGCUCCGGGCUCGAGGUCUCCGUAUCCUGGCCAGGCACGAGGGGAGCGGCCUCCGACGGCCAAGGGGCGCCUGGAGGGAAGGCACCGCCCGAGGCCUGCUCACGAUGGGGACCAGGAUGAGGAUGAGGAGCGCACAGCAGAACUGGAGAACCUCGUGAAGCUGCUGCUUCUGCAAGAGGCUGAAGGAGAAGGCCGUGAUGGUGGUGCUGUUGACGAGGACGACGAUGAUGCUGAUGAUGAUGGUGGUGCUGUUGAGAAGCAGCAGCAGCAGCAGAGGCAGAGAGGUGAUGGCCAGGGUCGGAGUAAAGCGAACGGCAAGGGCGUUGCGUCGUCAGCUCGCACCGCCUGGCAGGAGACAUCUGUGCGAGGACGCCACGGGCCCAAGGAUCAAAAGCGCGGCGGGGUAAUGGAUGCGGAAGGCGACGGUGCAGCGGCGGAGGAGAUUGAGGAGGUUGAGGAGGAGCAGGGGGGCUUGGAUCGGGCAGCAAAGUCUCGGCACUCAGCGAAGCGGGGGGAGGAGGAGGAGGAGGAGGAGAGAGGUGAUGGAGAGGGAGGGAGGUCGGAGGAGGAGGAGGAGGAGCGCGCGGCUGAAGAGGAGAAAAGGGACAACGAAGUCCUCCACGAGCUGCUGCAGUACCUCAAGCUGGACGAGGAGGGUCGACUCGAGGAGAGUCAACCUCCUCCACCUCCUCCACGUCCUCCUCCACAUCGGCUCGACGCUCCUCGUUCGGCGGACGACGACGCUCGAAUCGUUGAAGAACUUUCCAAGUUCAUCAUCGACGACGGCGGUGGUGACGACGAGGACGACGACGACGACGACGUGGAAGACACGGUAGAGGUGGAAGACCUAGAGGAGGAGGAUGAUGGCGACGACGACGAUGAUGAUGCUGAUGAUGGUGGUGACGAUCGCCGCAAGCGAGUCUCGCCCUCAUAUCGCCAGCAGAAGGGCCACGGCCCCAGCGUGGAGCCGCGUCUGGACCUGGAGGGCCUCCUGGUGGAGCUCCUCCAGGGGGCCGCGCGCGUGAAAGGGGACGGCGUGGGUGAAGUUGCUCGCUACGCGUCGGUGCCACCGGCCUACAGGGAGCGGGCUUCGUAGGGAGCCGAACGUCGCGAACGAAUCGAUUAAUAAAGGCAUUUGACAUAUAACCUCGCAA